UAGUGUCGGUUUUAAUCUCGGCGGCAAACGUUUGAAUGUUGAGUAAAGUGCCAAUGUAGAUAGGUGUAAUGAUUUAAGUGGGGAGCCUAUUUAAGAACAUGAAGUUAUAAAUAUUAAACUUAUCUUAGCAAUCAUGGAUACGACAGACGAUAUUUCUAGUACUUGUGAAAACGAUUAUGUUCGUAACGCAGAUAAUAAUGGCGUGUUGUGCGGUGCUGAAAGAGACUCAAGUUAUGAUUGUGAAUCAGAAACGGAAUACGAUAGUGAAAAUGAAACGAUUGAUAUUUGUGACAACAGUGAACAGUCCAAUCAUCGAAACGUGGAAAACAAAAACAUUAAAAACGUAAUAAAUCCUUUACUGAAUGCCGAUAAAUUGUGCUUUUUUGAACAAGGUCGAGUAAUAUUUCCAACGAAAACAUUUGACAAUUUAAGAAAUCUUCGCAAUGGAAGUGAAUCAUCUCGUAAUAGUGCGAAAGAUUCUGUGAGCAGUGUGAUUCAUGGCAAAAGUAAAACUUUUCUUAUAGACAGUAUUUUAGGUAACAAUAAAAGUAACAGUUCUAAAAUUGUUAGUAAUAAAAAUCUGGACGAUGUUGACAACGUUGAAGAAAGUACGGAUGAACACAACGUAUCAUCAACAUCGACGUGUCCGGACCUGAACGCGUUGAAUGACGCAGGAUUGCUCGCGGGACAUGCGUACGCACAUUGGCUUGCUACGCAUCAACCCUCCGCUGCUCUUUACGAUGACAAGAAUAAUAGAAGACCACGUCGAGCGGGACCGGAGAGAAAGCCACGACAAGCGUAUAGUGCUAAACAACUUGAACGUCUGGAGGCAGAGUUCAAGAUUGACAAAUAUCUCAGCGUAUCAAAGAGAAUGGAGCUGUCCAAAGCUUUAGGACUUACAGAGGUGCAAAUAAAGACGUGGUUUCAAAACAGACGAACGAAAUGGAAGAAGCAGUUGACGUCUCGGUUGAAAAUAGCUCAGCGACAGGGAUUGUUCCCGGGACAAAUCUUUGGGCACGCUCCACCAGCAUACUCUCUACUAAACCCAUAUGCUUAUACACCGCUUAGCUGUGUUUUUACACCGGUAACUUUACCUUCUUCGCCACCGUAGUUACAUAAUUUAGGAACCUAGUAAUAGGUGUUGGUGUGUAAAUGAUAAACAUGAUACAGCUUUUACAAAUAAGAAAGUUUGUUGCUGAAAGUUUGUAAAAAAGAUGACGUUUGUUGUUCGAUCAUGUUUGAAAAAUGAAUGAUGUUUAUAUAGAUUUCACCUAGUAUGGAAUACUAUUCUAAAUAAUUAUAAACCAAGUGGUCGAUGUCACCCAUAAGAACACACACAUUAAGUGACGGCGCUUCUGUUAACGACACAGGCUCUACGUCUUUAGGUAGGUACCAUCAAUUGGCAUUGGAAAAAACCUGGUUACCGGUCACCUAUUUGCUAAAUUUUAAUGUCAGUAUAAAACAAUUUGUUAUUAAUGGUAUUUAAAAUAACAUCAGUAUGUUACAUUCUCAUUCAAGUGUCACUCGUUGUAGGAUAAUCUCAUUGAUAAUUCUGAACGUAUUCGCUGUGACUGUAAAAACAGUUGAUUCUUAUUUUAAUAGCUUUAUGGUAUUUCGUCAUUGCAACACUAGGUUUGUUCUAUUUCAUUAAUGUGUUAACUAUUUUAAUUGCUCCGCGAACUGUACAUAAUUACUUAACUUGCUACUUUUGUCACUUCGUACGUAUCGUCCUAAAUCAAAGGUGUCAAAUGUAACACGCAUAGGAUACAUUCAGGGAGUCUAGCACGAGUUUCGACAUUUGUUUUCUUUCCCACUUUUCGAAUAGGUAUAAGUGCAUUAAAUCUUGUGGUCAUAGCAGUGAAUUUUAGAACGGAUUGGUGUUGCGGCCCAAACCCGAUUGUGAUUGCUGAGUAAGGGAACUAGACAGGCAAAAUAGUACUAGAACCUUUCAAUUUUUGUAUAAGUAUUCUCAAAAACAGCACAUUUUGCAACAGCAGAUUUGUGGUCUGUGGUGAUUAUUAACCACUCGUAUUAAAUUUCCAGUUUUUAUAUACCUAACAAUAGUUUUGUAAGACCUCAUUACCCCACAACUACGAUUAUUGUAUCAAUUUCCAUUGCUGUAUUAAUUAGGUAAGUAUUUUAUAUUU